AUGAACACAGUCAAGGAUAACAAAAAGCAGCAGGAUUACUGGCUUCAGAUGAUCAAAGACCUGCAUGAUAAUAGGAAUCACGGAGCUCAAAGCCAGGUUGAGGUUGAGGUUGAGCUUCAGGUUGAGGUUGAGGUUCAGGUUGAGGUUGAGGUUCAGGUUGAGGUUCAGGUUGAGGUUCAGGUUGAGGUUCAGGUUGAGUUCAGGAUUGUUUUCUGCUGCAGAACCCACUGUAAUUACCGAACCAGCCCGACGGCGCUUAAUGGCAGGUUUCUGGGUUGUGGGAGGAAGCCAGAGCACCUGGAGGAACCCCAUGAAGUCAUUGGAGAACAUACUCUUAUUAACUCAUAUUUCAAACAAAAGGUGAAAGAAAAGAAGAAAACUCAAGUUGAUGGGCACCAAAAGAGGACAUGGCUGACAAACCACUUCAGUUCGAGGCAAGUGCAGCUAGCGUUAAGCAGCAAACAUGCGUCACCGAAAAAAACAACUUUAAAUACAAACUAUCGUUCCAACUUUCAUUCUUCUAAUUCUGAUCCCAACGACCCGUAUCUGUACGGCAGUCUCUCCAUUGUUGAUCCGCGCUGGGAGACCAUCGACCCAAAUCCAGAUCUCCAGGCUUUGUACAGGGAAUUCAAUGGGACUUUCUUUGCCGGGAUUUUGCCCCAGAUUGAAGUCAAAUGGAGCAGCAAGUUAACUCGAUCGGCCGGAAUGACCUCUCAUUAUGUGACCGCAAGAGGGAAUUGCGCCCGAUGCGAAGUACAACUGAGCAAGCCGAUCCUCAGUUUGCGGCCAAGAAAGGACACCGUGGAGACCCUCCUACAUGAGAUGAUCCACGUGUUCUUGUGUGUCACUAAAAUGGACGAUGAACACGACCAACAUGGGCUGGAAUUUGAGCAGAUGAUGACGUCCAUUAAUAUGGCGACUGGUGCCAAUAUUUCCAUUUAUCACACCUACCAACAAGAAGUUGAGAUAUUGAAAAAGCAUCAGUGGGAAUGCAAUGGGCCCUGCGGAAAAAUCGUGAAAAGAGCGUGCAAUCGAGUGCCCUCCUGUAAGGAACGCUGGUUCCGUGAACAUGAGCAGAAAUGCGGAGGAGAUUUUAUAAAGACCUCUGAGCCUGAGGGUCCUGCAAGAAAGAAAAGAAGAUCCUAGGCUGUAUCAUGACUAUGGCAAAGCUAAUUAUUCAGCUAAAGAGCAAAGCUGACACAGGCUCGGGGGCAGA